CCGAGAGAGUGGUGAUAGUGGGAUCGACCUUGACACAGAAGAAGUGGCAAGUACCAGCCACUUUUCCAUUCUCGUCUUCAGUCGUCGGUACGUCUGGAAACGACGCGGAUAUCACUCCUCGGACCUCAUACAAUGGAUUACUUCUACGUGUUCAAUUUUCUAUUUUUGUUAAGUGCAGCUACCGUCAGUAGCACCGUGUUGGUCCCACCAUGGGGUGAUCCAACGCAAAAUCCGUGCGCUUUGAAGCCAAACGGUUGGCAACUACUUUAUUGGCCGGAAGAUGAAAAGUGUUACAAAAUUUUCCAAAAAGGAUAUCCAUGCUCAGAAACUAUGGAACUGGUACCGGGAAAGGGCGGUAAAGCCGAAUGUCAAUGUCCACCAGGAACGGCGCAAAGUCCACGUGAUGCAAUAUGUCACAAAAUAUUUACAAAGGGACCUUGUCAAGACAAUGAAUAUUUUGCUCCAGUCACUACAACUUCUAGGAGCAUACAACGGCAUAGGUGGGGAGCUUGUUUUCAAAUUGAAAACUGUGAAGCAGGCACUGUAUACUGGCCCAAGGAUGGAAAAUGUUAUCCCGAAUUCACAAAAGGACCCUGCUCUGAUGGUUUACUCUUGUUUUCCAAGGAAAAUUUGGGUCAAUGUUUAUGUGACAAUUCAACGAUGUUACAUUACUUUUGGAAUCAAAGCUCUACUUGCUAUGAACACUUCAUUCAAGGCCCUUGCAAAAAGGGACAAAUAUUUCUUCCAGGAGGUACAUGCGGAUGUGAAAAAACCCUAAAGGAAUAUUAUCCAGAAAAUGGUCUAUGCUACCCUAUAGGUUCGAAUGGUCCAUGUAAACAAGGACAUCAUUUUGUUCUGGGCAGAUCUAAAAGCGACCCUAAAACUCUGUAUGGAAGGUGUGCUUGUAAGGAAGGACAUAUACUUUGGGAGGAAGAUGGAAAUUGCUACAAGCCAUUUACUCGCGGCCCAUGUGCACCUGGUAAAAUGCUAGAAAUAAGUUACGAGGGCAAGGUUGCGAUGAAAUGUGUUCAGUUGCCAUGUUCUGCUGGAAAUCUUUAUUUCCAAGGCAAUAAAGGUUGUCAUAAAGUAGGAUCUCAGGGUCCAUGCCCUCCUGGACAAGUGGUACUUUAUCAAGACUCAUCAGCCGAACCUCUGGACAAUAUUUCAUAUCUUGGAGUCUGUGGAUGUCAAAGUAGAAAACUUGAUACCAGUUCCUUUUAUCCGACAUAUAGAGCUGAAGAGUUCUCUGAAAACGGGAAAUGUGCUGAAUCAAAAACCUUGACUGGAUUAUCAUCGAAUGAGUAUUCCGAGUUGAGAACCACCGAAGAUAAUUGUGGAUCAAGCCAUUUAUUGAUUCUUUGGCAUGAUCAAUCGUGCCAACAGCUGUAUACCCAGGGCCCUUGCAACGAAGGGGAAUGGGUUGUGCCCGACCGUGGUAAAGGGCAGAGGAAAGGCCGUGGUUGGAAAAUGGGAAAGUGCGAAUGCCGGCCUACGUACACUUUGGUCACUUCGAAAGCUGGAAAAAGCACUUGUCAACCACCAUCGGUGGAAUUGGCUAAAUUUCUAUCUUUACGAUUUAAAAAAUCACAAGAAAUCACAAAAUGAAAGCCAGAGUUUAAACUAUAAGCUUUAAUUAGAGAUUUACUCAAUAUACCAAAAAAAUCAUAGCUUAUGUUAUAGCUUUUUAUUUGAAAUAAAUUUUAAAAAUACUAAAUAUAUUAAAUUAUAUAGAGAUUGAC